AUUUCUUACUCUAUGCUUUUUGUAAGCUUUUGUUAAAUAUGGGCAACAGUUUCAAAAUCAGCCAACAAGUUUAGUUGAUUUUUAAACUUGGUUGUAACAACAACUUAAUUGCGGGGCAACAUUUUCAAAACGUCAUUCGAAUGUAAAACUAAAACAACAAAUAAAAAUAAAACACAAAAAAAAACCAUGAAACGGGCGGCCAAUGUUUAAAAACGUAAAAUAAUAAUAAUAAUAAAUAAAUUAUUAAAAACGUGACAUAAUAAAUAAAUAUUUCUUUUAAGAAAACAAAUAAAUGACAUAGAUUUGUUUAAAAAAAAAAUAAAAAUUGGAACACAACAAAUAUUACCACAUUUUACAAUAAUAAAACCAAAAUGUCUACACAAUAACUAGAUUAAUAAAAACAAAUUUUGAAGUUCAACCAAAUAAAAGAAAUUAUAAUAAUAAUAAAAUAAAAUACAAUACAAUAUAAACCAUUAACCAUGAAGUUUAAACCAAAUUUAUAUUGUCUCUGAAAACAAUGACGAAACUCUAAAACAAAAACAAUUAAACAAUGUUUUGUAACAAAAACCAUGGUGACAACAAUCAAAAUUACCUGUGAUGGUGUAUUCAUACAAACCAAUUCGUUUUUGACCUCAUCAACGACCCCUCCAACAUCCACAACAACAACGGUCGACUCUAUACAUCCCCUAGAUACGGCCACAACAACAGAUUCUACAUCCUCAGCAUCAUCAAACUCUUCUUCAUCUUCGCCUGCCCACACUUUUAAUAGUGACAAAGAUAAAUCGUUAACCACUAUUUUGGAUUAUGACAAACAUCAGCAGCUAAAUUCUUCUUCCAACUCCUCGAAUAAAUCAAACUCUACUAUACGCAGCAGCGGCGGUCAAAAAACCUACUCCAGCGGUACAAGUAAUCGAGCCAAAAGACCGCGUACUCCUAAAUGUGAUAAUCGUAGAAGGUAUUACUUUGGCAGUAAUAAAAUCUACUGGUGUAAACAAUCCUCGGAAAGGCCCUCGAAUCUGGGAUGUUGUUAUAAAAGUGAGUUGGGUUUUGGACGUCACUCCUGCUCGAGUUUACAACGUAGUGCCAGUUCUGUAACACACAAAGAAUUACAGCAACAUAAAAGUCACAGCUAUACGGGACGCUCUAAACAUAAGGCCCUUACAGCUACUAGUAGUCUAUCCUCGGUACCAAAUAACACACAUCAACAUCAUCACAAUCAUAAUCAAAAAUCUCAUGCAAAUUAUCUCAAUACUUUCUAUAAUCUAAAUAAAUGCAAGUCAGCAGCUUUAAAACCCACGACAACGCCUAAAACAAUAUCGGGCGCUACUUCUAUAUUUCUGGUUAACGGUUUUAGUGUUAAUUCUUCGGCCUACAACAAUAAUAAGUGUUGUGCCAGCGAUACUCGUCUCUUGAGUUUUUUACGUUCGGCUCGUAAAUUGUAUCGUAAUAGUGUACGUGUAAAUAACAAUCAACAAGAAAAGAUUUACAAUAACAGUAAUAAUAUUAUUAUUAAUAAUAAUAAUAAUGGCAACACCUCAUCAGCUGAAAAUACCAAAGCAUCGUAUGAUAAUUGUAAUUUAAAUUUAAAUAAAACUAAAAAUCGUUUAAUUGAAAAUGCAUCGGAAACAAAGUUGAAUAGCAAUAAUUCUUCAAUAGCUGAUAAAAUUAAACAAACCUAUAUAUUUGGUGUGAAAAGUUUUUCUACAAAUAAUAAUAGUAAUAAUAAUAACAAUAAUAACUAUUUUAAUAAUAAAAAUAAAAGUAAUAAUGCUAAAAAUAUUGAAAAUAAUAGCAAUAAUGCCGCCACAUUAAGUGAGGAAUGGUUUGAUGAAGAAGCAAACGCCUGUACAGAUAGUAAGGAAAAUAAAAAUUCUUCCCAUUAUCAUUUAAAAGCUGAUGUUGUUGACAAACCACAGCAACAGCUAAAACAAGAUAUCCAAAAGAAACCUAAACAUAUUAAAGCUCAAACUUGUAAUAGCAAUAAUAAUUCCCUCCAAUGUAAAGGAACCAAUUCGGAUAAACCGAAAUUUCAAACAAAUUCUGCCAAAUUCAGCACAACGGAUGUGGAAAAUCUAACUAAUUCACCUAAAACUUCAGCUACUCCUGCCCACCCAAAACUCACAACAGAAGUUGUUAGUGCAUUAAAAACGACUACAAAUUCUAUAAAUUUUAAUACAGUAGUAACACCCACAACCGAGCAAACGACAAAUCACGACAUAACGGCUACAAACGAUACAUUGAACAACAACGUAACGCAGUCAUCGAGUACUGCGGCGUUUGUACGUCCCAACAAUACAGUUAUGAAUAGUCACGUUACGGCAGCACAAAACGGACAAACAACUGUGGUGGGCCAUCAUCGGGGUUUCUCGCAACCGACAGUAACAGUGGCUGCCUCCAAUACCGGUGGCGAUCCAUGGUUUUUACAAUCAACUGGGCAUCAAAUGCCACCAACAGCGCCUUUACGUCACAAUAAACGACCAGCGCCCCAGCCAACAACAACUGGCGGCGGCAUUUCAUCAGCUACACAUCCCAAUAAUUUACUAGUGAAUAGUAGCGGCGGUGUGGGUGUCGGUAAUAUAACACUCCAGCAACAAUUUAGCCAAUCCCAACCACAUAUUGUAGCACAAACUACGCAACUGUCAACGCAUCAUAAUAACGUGUUUCAAUUUCAAUUACAGAAUCCCCAUCAUCAUAAUGCGAUUCAUUUGUCCUCGCAUGCACUUAAUAGUCAUAAUUUAAUAACAAAUGCCACUGGUGCUGUUGUAGUUGCUCCAUCCAAUCAUUCGCCCAAAUCGCCAAAUCAACAUCAGCAACCCCAAAUACAACAGAUACAACAACAACAGCAGCAACAACAGCAACACAUUAUGUCGACAUUUGCUCCAAUCGGCUCAACAGCCGCCUCUGCCACGGCUGCUGCUGUUGCCAGUGUAACCCAACAACAACAGCAACAACAUUUACAAUUGAUUUCGGCUGCCAACAAUUGCAACAACAAUCUAAUGACAUCUUCCCUAAAUGCUGCUCACAGUGCGCUCUCCUUGCACGAUCGUGGUUUACCACCCAAAAGUAUGGCGCUACAAUCGAAUGCAGGUGGUGGUAGUAAUAUGUUACUUCAUACACAACAUCCUGCCCAACAACACCAUCAAUCCCAACCGGCCAUGGUGGUCAAUCAGACGACAAAUGCCGCCGCAAUGACAACAUCAUUGCAUAGUUUUGAUAUCAAUGGCGCUGCCAAUGUACCCGUGACCACACAGUCCUGGACAACGCCAUCAUUGUCGCCAACUACUGGCCUGCCUCCCAACCAUGGUGUGUUGCAUGCUCAGCAGCAACAAAAGAAAUGUGAAGUUAAACUAAAUGCAAUGCCCUGGUUCCAUGGCAGCAUUACACGUGAUGAAGCUGAACAUUUAUUGCAACCCCGUGAAGAUGGCCUAUUCUUAGUGCGAGAAUCGACCAACUUUCCUGGCGACUACACAUUGUGUGUGUGUUUUCAGGGCAAAGUUGAACAUUAUCGCGUAAAAUAUUUAGAAAAUAAAUUAACAAUUGACGAUGAGGAAUACUUUGAAAAUUUGGGACAAUUAGUAGCGCACUAUGAAGCUGAUGCUGAUGGCUUGUGCACUCAACUCAUCAAAUGUUUACCCAAACAGGGCAAACAGGAGUAUUGCAUUAAUUCGAAAGAUUUCAUUGAUAAAGGUUGGGUCAUACCCGAAUCCGAUUUACAAUUACGCGAGAGCAUAGGCAAGGGUGAGUUUGGUGAUGUUAUGCUGGGUAUAUUGCGCAAUGAGAAAGUGGCUGUUAAAAUGCUUAAAGACGAGGGAGCGGUACAAAAAUUCUUAGCCGAAGCAUCUGUUAUGACUACCUUGGAGCAUGAAAAUCUGGUGAAAUUUGUUGGUUUAGUUUUCACUAGUAAACAUAUUUAUUUGGUAACUGAAUAUAUGAGCAAAGGAUCACUGGUUGAUUAUCUAAGAUCGCGGGGACGACAACAUAUUACGAAAAAGGAUCAAAUUAAUUUUGCAUACGACACUGCCUCGGGCAUGGAAUAUUUGGAAGCGAAAAAAGUUGUUCAUCGCGAUUUAGCUGCCCGUAAUGUUCUUAUAUCCGAGGAUUGUGUGGCCAAAGUUUCCGAUUUCGGUUUGGCACGCGAAGAAUGUUACAAUUUAGAUGUCGGCAAAUUGCCCAUUAAAUGGACAGCACCUGAAGCUUUGAAAAAUGGGCGUUUUUCCAACAAAUCGGAUAUGUGGAGUUUUGGCAUAUUAUUGUGGGAAAUUUACUCGUUUGGUCGUGUUCCUUAUCCUAGAAUUCCUUUGGCUGAUGUUGUCAAACAUGUGGAAGUGGGCUAUAAAAUGGAGGCACCCGAAGGUUGUCCUCCCGAAAUCUAUGAAAUGAUGAGACAAGCUUGGGAUCUAAAUCCUGCCAAAAGACCAACAUUUGCCGAACUAAAGGUUAAAUUAUUACAUUUAAAAAACAAUACCGCGUGAAAACAUGUGCAAAAUAAAAUAACAGCAACAACAUAAUAACAAAAAAAAAAACAAUUAUGCUACAUUAAAGUGUUUAUCCUAAACCGCCCCCCCUGUCCCUCAAGAAAAACCCUUCCCCAUACCUAUACACUAAACCCUGCAUCUUAGCAACAAUACAUACAGCAGCUGUUAAACAUCUUGAACAUUUUAAACUAUUAACCUAUAAAUAUAUAAAGAAUAUAAAGAAAUAAACAUAAUUCUAAACCAACUGAAGCAAAACACCAUUUAUCAAUAACAAUUUAAUAUAAAUAAAUUAAAAAGUAUGCAAUCCCCAGUAAAAAGUGAAUGUUUUUACAACAAAAUUUAAUAUAAAAAAACACACAACAACAACAAAUAUACAUACUACACAUUAUCAAAUAAUAAUUAUAAUUCUUUAUAUAUAUAUAACUACAAUACAUACUAUAAACAUAAAUAAAACAACAACAUACAUAAAUAUUUAAUUAUAUAUUAAGUUAAAUACACAAAAACAAAAACCUACAACAAAAAUAAUGUAAAAAGCAUAAACAAAAUUAUAAUUAAACAAACAAAAACAAAACAAAACUCUACUACUACCACCACCACCCUUUAAACAAAAAGUAAACAUUUUGUAAUGAUUUAAUAGGUAUUUUUUAUGAAAAAAAAGCGAAAAACAUUUAAAGUAAUAAUAAAAAGGCAACAUUAAACAACAACAAAAAAACACAAAAUUUAACAACUACUUAACGCAACAAUAACAAUCUUUGUUUUUUUUUUAUUUUUGAAAAUCAUUUUUAUAAAGUAACGUAAAGUAAAAUAAUUAAAAACAUAAGCUAAAUUUAUUUAACAUAAACUGAUAAACAAAAAACAAUACCUCUAGUUGUUAAGCUAAAUAUUAUUAUAAUAUAUUCAAAGCAUAAAAAUCGUAUAAUAUUAUAUGUAUGUUAUUUAUAUAUAUAUUAUAUUCAAACAUUUUCUUUUUUUAUGUCAAAAUAGUAAGCGAAACAAAAUAUUAAAAGAAAACCUCAAAUUCAUCAAAUUAAUAAUAUUUUGUAUGCAGUUUCUUUUUGUAUUGAUUUCACAUUUUUAUGAUUUUUUCUGAGGAGUUGAAAGGGAAAAUUGUCUGGCAUUAUGUUAUAAAUCCAAAUCUAUAAAGAAAAUUUGCCCUAUUCUGUAAUUGGCAUCGUUUUAAAAAGAACUCUAUUUGGAACACAAAGUUUAAAUUCAUGUUUCAUAAAAUAUUUGGCAUUGUUUUAAGAAACAAUUGCAAAUAAAGACAGACGAUACAAAACUCUACAAUACUUUUAAACCAGAGCUUCGAAUUAAUUCAAUUUGAGCUUAAAGAGUGAGUCAAAAAAACUUAUACAUACACACUAUUCUAGCCACAACUUAUCCUUGGUCCAACAAAUUAUUGUUUUUUGAUUCACGUUAGCUUUCAAAACUAUGUCAGAUGUUUUCGGUAAAAAUGAUUACCGAAAAGUACAAUAUGAACAUUCAAAAAAAUAGCAAAAGAUGUGAAGGUUCAUCGUCACACUGUUUCCAAAGCCAUUAAACAGUAUAAAGAAGACUUGAACAUUGAAAGGAAAUCUGAAACAGAUAUUGUUAAGGCAAAAGAAGUCGAACAACUCUUUCGAAGAGUACCCCAACAUUUCUAUUAGUAAAGCAGCUCGAAAAGUUAAAUGCUCUGAUUCUUUUUAGCGCAGAGCCAAAGCUAAUGCUGGGUUGAAGUUGUAUUAAGUUCCAGAUCGCAAUGCCGUAAAGAAGUUAGAAGCAAAAGAAUUAGCGAAAAAAUUGAGGUCAAGGCCCCGAUUACCGUUUACAACAGUUGUAUUUUAGUAUUGUAUUUUUUAAAAUGCAAAUAUAAAUCAUGAUCGCAUUUUAAAAAAUACAACACUAAAAUACAACUGUUGUAAACGAUAAUAGGGGCCUAAAUUUUUAUAGAAAAACUGUUUUGUGAUCGAUGAUGAAUGAAACAUAUGUACUGGCAUAAUUUUCAUAACUUCUGAGACAAGAUUUGUAUGUGGUAAUCUUCAACAACAAUACCGGACAAAAAAAAACAAACAAAAUUCCCCAAGAAGUUUCUUGUGUGGCAAGCCAAUUGCAGUUGUAGCAAAAGAAGCCAAUCGUUUGUGACAUGAGACACGAUUAACACAGAAAUAUAUAUUACGGAGUGUCUAGAAAAAUGGAUUUUUCCUUUCUUAAAACAGCACAGAGUGUCUUCAUAUUUCUGGCCCGAUUUGGCAUCAUGCCACUAUGGAAAAAAGGCUCUUGAGUGGUAUUCAAACAAUAAUCUAAGUUUUGUACCACGAACUUUUUUGUUAUUUCAAAUUUAAUAUAAAUUGAAUUAGGGGCUGAUUCCGAAACAGGAAAAUCAUUGUUUUGAAUAGUUUUCUUGCUAAAUGUUUAAAAAUUAUGGGAGUAAGGCAGAAUUAUCAGGCUUUAAUACUUUUUUAAAUUGUUUUCCGGUUUCCAGAUAUAACUGAAUAAAUGAAAGGUGGAAUUGGGCGCUGCAAUGACGAAAUAUGCAAAAUUAGGUGCAAAAUAAUAUCGAAACGAUUUUGUGCUAAUUGUCUAGGGAUGUGUGUUUGAAACAAAAUUAUACAUUUUUCUUGACAAUUAUUAUAAAAUAUGAAGCUAUAUUUAUCCUUAAAUUUUUUUAUGUCACACAUUUUGUUCAGAAUUAUUUCAAUUCCGUAGUUACAAUUCCGAUCGAUUUAAUUUUUGGUUCUUCAGAUUCCGUGUUAUUUGUUAAUUCCAAAAAUAUUUAAUAAUUCUGUAUUUCAGAUUUUAAUUUGUACAGCGUUUUUUUAUAUUAAACAGCAAAGUUUUUGCUACAGAAACUGAUUAAAAAUGUUAGAAAACAAAUAAUUACAAAGAAAUAUCAAUUCCACUUUGAAAACUGAAGGUGGUUUCUUUCCGAAACAACUUUUCGUUAUACUUUUUCUGAAAAAUUAAUUCCGGAAGGUGGUUUCUUUCCGAAACAACUUUUCGUUAUACUUUUUCUGAAGAAUAAAUUCCGGAAUUUAUUCCACUUUUGAUAGAAAUUGAAUUGAUAGGUAUAGUUUUAAAGUCGCUACACUCUAUUGAAUAGUGUGAAUGCUGGAUAGAUAAAUGGUGGAAUCAAAGGACAAAAAGCGUCAGUGCGUUUGAUCUGCAACUAUAUAAAUUUAGUACUAAAAAUCUUUUUUUUUGGCUCAAAUCCUAAAUAUAAAAAUCUUAGAAAUAAAUUAAAGUGAAAAUUUUACAUUUCCAAAAUCAUUUAAAUAUUUAUUUUUUUUUAAUUUCAAAUUACUGUUUGAGACAUGAUUUUUAUUGUACUAAAAAAUUAAAUUUUAAAUUCAAGAAACGACAAAUCAAAUUUGUAUAAUUUUUUUUAGACAAAAAUUAUUUUCAGUUAAACUAAAACGAAAAAAAAAGAAACAUAGCUUCAAAUAAUUAAAGAAAAAAUCAAUAAUAAAAUUUAUUUAAAAUAAAGAAAGAACUUCCUUAAGAAAUUAAAAUUGUAAAUUAAUGUUGUUUUAAAUUUGCUAAUACUUACAAAAAAUAUAUAUUUUUUAUUUAAUUUAAUUUAAGAAUCUCUCAUUUACUUGCUUAAAGCUUUUUUUUAAAUAUACGUUUUAAACAGUGUUUCUUUUAAGCAGCUUUUACUUUUAAAUGUUGAUUUUAUAUUUAUUUGUUGUUAACAUAAAAAAAUAUUAAAAAAAUAUUAUGUUUUCGUUUAGAGGUAAUUUAAAAACGAAAAUUAAAUUAAGUUUUUAUCAUAAAAUGACUUAAACA